UGCAUCACUGUGACUAGUUCUAUUACUUUGGCUGAAAUAAUAUCGCUUCAAGUGAAAUCAUUCAAUAAUUAUUAAAUUUAUAUAAACUUCAAAUUCGAAAAAAUUUUUUAAAAAAAAGAAUUUAUGAUGGAGAGUGCACUAAAAAAGUCUUGUAUUGAAAAAGAACAACAACUUGUUGAUGAUAUUAACGGUAAAAAUGAUUUUAUUAACUCUCUUAAUAAUGAUUCGCUAGCACAAAUAUUUAUGCUGCUUCCAAUACCCAAAAGAAUAGUCAUGGAAAGAGUUUGUCUCAAAUGGAAAGAGGCCUGUGAACUAGCUUGGUAUGACAUUAAAAAAUACAGAUGUGGUAAUUCAAUUGGUGGUGUUUAUGAUAACCGUUUGCUUACACAAUCAUAUGUCAAAAAAUUACUACUGAAUUGUAGUAUUUUUUUGAAAGAAUUAUUUCUUUCUAAAAUUUGCGAUUCCCGUAUUAUUAAAAUCGUUGGUGAACACUGUAAAAAUUUAAAAAAACUUGAAUUUGUAGCAGACUAUGAAUUAAAAAUCAAUAACGACGACUAUAUUCAAGCAUUCAUGUCAUUAGAUAAAUUAAAAUUUAUUAAAAUAGAAAUAAUUCAUAUGGAAUGGCGUUUGAGAAGAUUAUUUCGUAAUGAAAUAAUAAAUUAUCUACCAGAAGAAAUUAAUGAAAUUCAUAUAAUUUUUAAAGAAUGCCGACCAAAGAUACCAAUACUUUUUGAUUUAAAAAAAUUUAAAAAUGUUCACAGUUUGACAUUGAGUAAUUGUAAUCUAACCAAAAUUAUUCAAGAUAUAUCAGAAAAAAUAACACUUGUUUAUCUUAACAUUGAAAAUUCUUGGGUGACUAAAAAAUGUUCAUAUAAUUUUGAACAUUUAUUUAAUCGUCUUGUAAAUUUGGAACAUAUCAGCUGUUCAAAGUACUUUGUGACUUCAAAUUUUCUCAAUCCUAUCUUUAAUACAUGCAAAAAUAUAAAAUAUCUCAACGCACCAUCGUGGAAAGAUCAAAUCUUAGGUGAGAUUGUAAUUGAAAAUUGGGAAAAUCUUAAAAACAUGGAACAUCUUACUAUUGGUUGGGAAACUACGGAUAACGUAGCAAUUAAAAUGGUUAAAUAUUGCAAGAACUUGCAACACUUAGAUAUUUCAAGUGACAUUAGAAAAAAUAUAACAGAUACGGCUUUACAAAAAUUGACAGAAUUAGAAAAUCUUAAAUGUUUAAAAUUGCCUAUCUUAAAUGACAUAAAUGUAGAAUCAGUACUUGCAAUAUCAAACAAUUGUAAAGAACUUAAAUCUCUUAAAAUAAAUUUUUAUAUAAGAGAAAUACUAUAUUGUAUUCCUGUUCUACCUAACUUGGUGUUUCAUGAAUUAUCAAAAUUGCAAUAUCUGGAAUAUUUAGAUAUGUCAGGUAUAACGAAUUUUCAAGAUGAAAGUAUUAUUGCUAUUGUUAAUAAAUGUAAAAAAUUAAAAAAUUUGAGUGUACAAAAAUGCGGACAUAUAUCAGAAACAGGUUUUUUUGCUUUAACUAGGUUGGAAUCAUUAAAAAUAUUGAACGUUUCUGAAAAUGAUGUGUCAGACUAUUUUAUCUCUAACUUAAAAGGUUUAAAAAGUUUAAAUUGUUAUGAUGGCUUUUACCUCACGGAUGAUGGUGUUAUUCCAUGUAUAAAAAAUUGUCCGGAUCUUGAAGAACUUGAUCUUCGGUGUACUAAUAUUACAAUUAAUUCAAUUAUUGCUGCCUCUGAGGCAACUAAAAAUCGUACAAAUGAUGUUUUUUUGCAUAUGACUGUUGGUGACAAAUUUAAAAAAGCUUCAAAGUCAAUAAAUGAAUCUAAAUGGUUGGUCCUUUCAUUUGUUUCAGUGUUAUCUGGUGAGUAACAAUUCAAAGUAUGAUUGUUUAAUUUAAAUCAAUUAUAUCAUUGA